CUCGAUGGCCAGUCUCGAGGAGCGGCAGCGGUGAGCGUGCACGAGCUGCGAACCGCGCGGCUUCGUUUCGCUCUCCGCUCUUUCCCUCACUCUCUCCGUCGCUCCGUGUUUAUUCGGUUGUUCUCGUGGCUCGCGCUUCGUUACGAUCGCGCCGCGCGCUCAGUCGGUGCCAACUCGUCGCGACCUACGACGCACCUGCACCGCCGCCUUCCCCGUCCCGUGGCUCUGCUUCAGCAGCUCAACAGCGAACAUGGGUUGCGCCUCGGGCUGCGUCAGGUGGUUGCUCUUCUUCGUCAAUUUUCUCUUUGCCCUGGGAGGACUGGCGAUCCUAAUAGUCGGAGUUCUGAUCGAAUUGAACAAAGGUGACGUAUUGGCCAUUUUCGAGGGAAAUGUUCCUUCGCAAUUGACGCUACCCGCCACGGUGCUCAUUGCCGUCGGUGCAAUCAUUUUCAUCAUUGCCUUCUUUGGAUGCUGCGGAGCUGCCCGUGAAAGUCACUGCAUGAUCGUUACCUUUGCCGUGUUACUGUUGACUCUGCUUGUCAUCCAAGUAACCAUAGCUGGUUUCGCCUUCAUCAAAAUGAAUGAAGGCACUUUCGACGAGGACUUCAAUAAGCAGUUGAAAAAUCUUUACGAUAGGUACUUCCAAGAUAAGCCAAACGACCACAAAGCUACCGAGGCUACAGUUAACUCCAUCCAAACUUUGAUGGGCUGCUGCGGAUUCAACAGCCCCGCGGAUUUCAGAGGACCGAUGCCUUACUCCUGCUGUGGAAAACCGGAACACGAGACUUGCGCAGUUCCAGAUCAUGACCAUCUAAAUGGAUGUGAAUCGGUCGUUCUUCCUAAAAUACAUAAGUACAUGAAUACUUUGGGAAGCUUAGCCCUUGCUAUUGCAGCAGUCGAGCUAUUUGGUGUCAUUUUCUCCUUCUGCCUAGCUAACUCGAUACGAAAUGUGGAGCGCCGAGGAUACAAAGUCUAAAUUUCUCACAGCUUUCAAACGCAACGAUUUCAUCGAAAACACUUUUUUUUACAUUACCAUCAAUUAUAUGUUAUGCUAAUGUAAACGUCCAGUUUUUCAAGUUAAAAUCGAGAUAUAUUUAUAUAUCAAACAACUCUAAGCUCAUGUUUUUCAAAGUGAAUUGAAACACGUACCUUAUGCGUGAUGCUUACUAUAAAAGCUAUAUUGUAAGACGCCUUCGUAUUUUCUAAGAUAUUUAAAAAGAGCUUUCAUCAACAUUGAAGAUUGUAAUUACUGGCUACAGAUAAUUGUUUAGAUUCACAUACAUUUUAUAUACUUAUUAAAAGUUUUAUACAUUAAUAGCAAAGAAAUUAUUUAUAACGAACAUGUAACGUCUGACCGUACAGUAUAACUUCAUAGUUGAAUAAGGUACAUAAAACUUUACCUCAUUAUUUCAAUUUUAUAUGUAAUCAGCUUGAAUUAAUUGAUCUAUAUACCGGGCUAUUUUUCAUACACAUAUCUUCUUUGGCAUCUAAGUUAUUUAUCGAGUGAGUUUUUAUAAGAAUUUUAUAAUUUGUCAAUUAUCUAAUUUUGUAUGCGCUUUCAUUGAAUCUCUCAAGAGUUGGUUCAAUGCUUAUUUUCUUUUUAAAUCCUUAGAUUUAAGCUUUCUUCUAAACCGCGAAUGUUCGUUAAAUAUUCUAACUGUCAUUGAGCAGAUUUAUAUAAUUACUUGCGUGUGAACAUGUUCGCAGUCAUUAAAAUGUAAUGUUGCAUUUUUCUCGUAAAGCGUAUUAACGAUCACGUUUAUGAAUCUAGUGUUAAUCAACGAAUUUGCACGCUUCAAUAAAAUUAUUUUGUAAAA